AUGGAGAGGUAUAAAGUAGCUAGUAAGGAGGCGAAACUGGCGGUCACGGAGGCUAAGACUGCGGCUUUUAGUCGUAUGUACGAGGAUCUAGGGGCCAGGGGGGAGAGAAAAAAUUAUUCUGGCUGGCUAAGGCGAGGGAGAGGAAGGGAAGCGGAUCAUGAUAUUGUGCUAGGCGAGUUGGGACAUUCCGAUAUUCACCGCGAUUCUAGGUACUGUAAGAGCAUCAAGGUUGGGGAGGUCGUGGGGGCUAUGCGAAAGAUGAGCAGGGGCAGAGCUACCGGGCCUGACGAGAUUCCGGUAGAAUUUUGGAGGUGGGUGGGUGGAGCAGGUCUAGAUUGGCUGACAUGGUUGUUUAAUGGGUAUCAAGCUAUUGAGUCAUACUAUGAAAGUGUGAGAGGGGGUAAUAGAAGCGGGGGUGAGGAGGACAAUGUAUGUAUCAGACAACCAGUUCGGGUUCAUGUCGGGUCAUUCUACUAUGGAAGCUAUCCACUCAUUAGGAGGUUGGUGGAACAGUACAUGGAUAAGAAGAAGGAUAUGCACAUGGUGUUUAAUGAUCUAGAGAAAGCAUAUGACAAGGUUGAAAUGCUCGACUCAUCAGACAGAGGUGAAAACAACUACUUGGAAGAUCGGGGAUAA